UCAACAUUGAAAAUUAGUUCCUCACUUCCACUAGAGCAGUGGUAGGAAAUGUUAGUCCCAGGGCUAAUAUGGGCAGGAACCUUUACUCUCCUCCCAAUUCUCGCGCUGGGUGGAGAUGAUUUUAUUGAUAUGCUGUCUGCUGUGAAGCCUAUUGCCCCGAAACUGAAGUUGGAUGACUCCGAGCUUCAAGACCUACAGAGAGAUCCAGCUAUUCUUGGUACUUUGCCGGAUUCUGAUUGGGCUGGGAUAGCAGAUAGGAAAAUCUACAACUACAAUGAUAACAAUAAAGUCGAAGUUGCAACAGGUGGGUUCUUCAGAGCAAGUAAUAAGCAGAAAACUCGAGGAUCUAAAGUUAAAACUCAGGCUAAAGCCAUUCCCUUCCCUCAUAAACCAGAUCCACAGGAUCCAGAAGGGUGUGGAAAUCCAGUUUGCGUUGUCAUUGAUAGAAAACCAAGAAGAUUCAAGUCUAUUUGCCAGUUGAAAACAUUCUUAAAGAAUGAAAACAGACUGUCACAAAUCAACUUUGUACAAAAGGGAGACUGUUAUGAUAUUAUUGAUAAUGAUGUUGAUGGUGGAGCAACUAAGAAACCUUGGUCUGAUAAUGCAAAGGACUGCUCAAAAUGUGCAGCUGCAGAGAACUGCAAUGGACCUGUAGUUUUCAUCAUAGACAUCAACAGUUACAUGAAAGGGAUGUCAAGUGCUCCUGGUGGAGACAAUUUUAAUGACGCUAAGUUUGGUGGUAAAAAAAUGGCUGGAUUUCCUUUUGAAUUUUGUAACAUUUGUGAAGCCAUGAAGUUUUUCCAAACUGUAGAGAAUGUUAACGCUAAAACCCAAGUUGUUGGACUUGGAUUUGGAAAUGUGAAUACAAUGUUCCCUUUGAAUGGUGGGGACAACUGCAUGUGGACAGAAUACUUUGACCAUGACGCUCCUUGCAACUCUGAUGAGGAUAAAGAACUUCAUUCGGAACACUUCCGAUACCUCCAGUCCUCAUACACUGGUGCUCUCAGGGUGUGUGCAGCUGAAGAUAUCAUUGCAGUUUGUCACGAAGGAGGAUCAGAAAUAACACAGAUUAAAGCUGAAGAUGCUAUUGCUGGACAAGCUGUUGGAUCAAACGGAGAAAAGUUUGAUCAAAUUUUGCAGGUUAGCAAACAGAGCAUAGUCUGUAAGAAUCAAGAACAAAAAAUAAAACAGCUUCCACCUCCUUUCAUCUAUGCUGAUGACAAGAACAACACUUGUUUAGAUUAUAAAGCAAGGUACUGCUGCCGAACAUCCAAAAUGUGGAGACCCAUGGGAGUUGAGGUAUUUGGAAGCCGUAUACCUCCUUCUAUUCCCUUCGGAGUAGCAUGGACAACAUAUAAGAGAACUGGAGAUACCAUUUGCUUUACAAUUGUUGUAAGUGAUGGAGUUAAGGGAAGCAAGCCAAGCACUCUAAUAAUUGAUGUUAAGUCUGGGGAAGCAAAGGGAACAAUCAUUUCAGGGAAAAUGAUUUGUGGAUCAACAACUACAGCUCUGAAUGGAAACUUUGAAAAGAUUGAGCGUCCAGAUAAAUCUAGCACAUACACAUUUUCACUGUACAAUCCAUCUGAAGCCAAGCAGCUCCUCUCCACAGUUUCGAUUUACCUGCAUUGGGAUGAAGCUGCUAUUGCUGCAGUUGCUACAACAAUCAAGGAUGAAAGUGGCGUAGUUUCAGUCACACAGGUUCUACCAGCUGUUGAAAAGGCUGAGAUAGAACCCACCCCACGAGGAUAUGGUCAACCACCUGCAGGUUAUGGAUCAGCCGGAAACACAACAGCUCCAGCAGCACCAGGAGGCAGCAACCUUUUUGAUGAUAUUAAAUGGGAUAUGAGAAACACAACUCUUACAGAACUUUUGAAAUCUCUUAAUGUUAGGGCACUCUACUAUCAGACUGUGAUGGUAGACAAACUGAGUGGAGUAAAAACUAUUGUUUCAGAGUUCCGUAGUGCUGAUCAAUUCACAAUUAUGAAAUCUGAAGGGGCUCUAAAUGUCAAGUUAUCAGAUAACAAAAAUCUAUGGCAGUCCAUCAGUCAAGUUUUGAAAACAUACUCCAUUUCCAUUGUUGUGGAAUCUCCACCACUUGCUCAUCUGUUCCAUGAGUGUGAAUGGAAAGACUGGGUUAACCAAGAUUAUCCAGCCAACCUCUGGGGUCAAGAUGGAGAAUAUGAGCUUAGAGAUAGAGCAGCUAAAGUAGCAAAGCUGGCACACACUGUUUGUGGAACAAUUCCAGAGAGUGCCCACUACAUAGAUGCCAUCACCACAGAAGAUCAGGUUCCUUGGUAUGAGCUUAAAAUGGAUGAAAAUAUUUAUCAAACAUUUAAGCUUACUCCAUUUUUUGGGUAUGCCUGCAAGGAUAAGAAUGGUCCCAAAGAGUUUUGCAAGGAUAUGAAAGUAAGAUACUGCUGUCAAAAAGCUUUAAGAGCAACUUGGGGAGAAUGGGGCGCAUGGUCUUCUUGUGACAAGACCUGUGGUGGUGGAUGCAAAAAAAGGAAAAGGGAUUGUGUUCAAGAUGAAGCAAAGAAAGAUAGUCCAGAAUACAACCCACUGUGCUAUGGACAGGAUGGUAAAUCAGCUAGUGCAGCUGAAAGAUAUUCAACUCAGACAGUACAAUGCAAUCUGGAGGCUUGCCCUGAAGAUGGCAAGUUUAUGCCAUGGACUGGAUGGACUGCUUGCUCCCUAUCAUGUGGUCAGGGAACAAAGACAAGAACUAGAUAUUGUUUACCCUCAAUCGGUGGUGGUAAGCCAUGCCCUGAUGAAAUGACAAAUAGAGACUUAUAUGUUAAUAUUGAAAAAUGUACCCAGAAGGAUUGUGAGCAGUAUAUACCCACCCAAUGGAGUGCAUGGUCGAGUUGCAGUUCAACUUGUGGUAAAGGAGUGAUGACCAGAAACAGAAAGUGUGUUAAUGAUAAAACAUUUGAAGUGGUCCCCAAUGACAGAUGCACAAAUGGGCAGGCUAGUCCAGAAUACGUGCUUCAAACCCAAAAUUGCCUUUUGCAACAAUGCCCAGUCAAUGGUAUGUGGGCGGCAUGGUCAGCAUGGGGAUUGUGCAGUCAACAAUGCAUUUUUGAACCUGAAGAAGGCAAACCUAUUGAAACCAGAGCAAACAGAAAACGAGAAAGAUUCUGUGCCAAUCCUGAACCUGCAUUUGGAGGUGAACCAUGUAAAAGGGAUGAGAAAUUUGAAUUUGAUUCUCGACUUUAUGCUGAAAAGGACAAAACAACUUGUAUAACUCCUGGGUCUAAAGAGAAAGGACCAGUCACUCCUUGGUGCCCUGAACAUUGCAUUUACACUCAAUGGGGAGACUGGAGUUUGUGCAGUACAACCUGCCUGCCACUUAAUGCAAAAGUAUCUGGAUAUGACAAUUCCAAGAUGUUGAUUGAUAUAAUGUAUUCAUAUAAUCAACCUGAAGUAAUGCCAACUAGAUCAAGAGUGAAAAUUAUGGUAAGGCCAGAGAAAAAUGGUGGUGUGUGCGAAGAAAAGAAAUCAAAUUUUGAUCAACCUGGUUCUUUCAAUGGUACUUGUCUUCAUGAUAGACAAGAAUGUACACUGUGCAAAGAACAUUGUCCAGUACCGAAACCAGGAGAAAAGAUAAAAAUUCAACCAGACGUCAGAACAUUUCCUAAAUUGGAUUAUCCAGGAAAUGACCCAAGUUGUAUUGGAUAUUGCCCAGAAAGCUGUAAAUGGACUGAUUUUAAACCUUACAAAGAUUGUGAAGAGGCUAAGAAAAAAUACCUUGAGGAAAAGGAAAAGAACCCAAAUAUACCAAAAAAUGAAAGUAAAGAAGUGUGCUUUGACUUUACCUUCAGAAGAAAAGCAACAGAAAACAAAGCAAUUGAAGUAAUGAAUUUAUGGGAUGCAUAUAUUUGGCCAAUUUCUGAAGGAAAAGUACCCUUUCCUGAUUCUAAUGAUUUUGGAAGACUUCCACAAGAACUGGCUAAUCUUCUCAAAGAAGAUUCUGAUAUUGAUGAGAUUUUGAAGGAUGGAAAAAUGUUACUGCAAGCUGAAAUGACUCGAUAUGAAGAAAUUCUUUUUACAGAAGAAAGAAAGUUUUUAAAAGAACCAUACCUAGAUGGAUUAAUGGGUGGUGAACAUUGUAUGGAUGAUAAAUCAAGACAAGUAACAACAAACAUGCAACUUCAAAAAGAAGACAAGAAGAAAUAUAGCAAGUUGCCUUAUGUUAACAUAAGAGCUAUCAAAUGUCAACUUGAUCCCUGCAAACCAAUAGUAGCACCCCCAGGCCAAAGCACCCCUCCAUGCAAGUAUACACAAUGGACAGAGUGGGGAGACUGGGGAAAAUGUGACAUAAAGUGCGGUGAUGAUGGAAUAAGAAAGAGAAACAGGAAAUGCAUAAAUACCUGCACUAACGAAGAAUUGAAGAAUGAAGAGUGCAGGCCCCUUGUUGAUCCUGGAAGAAACAGAACCUGGACCGACACCGGGGAAGGUGCUUGUACUCCUUGUCCAGCAGAGAGUCAAGGAACUUGGUCAUUAUGGUCUGCAUGGGCUUAUGCAUCUGAGCCAAAAUGCAAUGCAGAAGGCAAAGGCUCCCAGGAAUAUACCAGAGAAAGAAGAUGUAUUGAAGGUCCUGAUGUCAAAGAAUGUUCACCAACAAGGACAGGAUUAAAAACUGGAAUAGAAAAGGAAAAACAGGAGGUCCCGGUGCCUAAAUGUCCAGAAAUUAAUAAAGUCCAAGAAUGUGAAGGCUGUCCACCAGGGUCAGGAGGAGAACCUCCAUCACCAAGUGGAGACAAACCAGCAGGAGGGGAACCUGCUCCGGCCGGAACACCUGCACCAGGAGGUGAACCCACACCUGCACCAGGAGGUGAACCCACACCUGCACCAGGAGGUGAACCAACACCUGCACCAGGAGGUGAACCCACACCUGCACCAGGAGGUCCACCCCCACCUGCUCCAGGAGGGGAAACACCUGCACCAGGUGGUGACACUCCUGCACCACCACCAGGAGGCGCACCUGCUCCUGGAGGAGAACCUACACCAGCACCAGGAGGACAACCUCCUUACAGAAGAUGGAGAUGAGAGUAAAACAAUUUUAGAAACUGAUGUAUCAGAGAAAAUGGAAAACCCCUUAAUCUUUACAUUUUUAGCAAGUUUUAAAUAAGAAUUAUUAAAGCAGUUUUCACAUCUUAAUUUACAAAUUUUGAAAGACUCUGUUUGUGUUUAAUUCUGUUCAGGUGAUUAUUCCCAUUCUCAUAAUUGACAUGUAACCAAUUUAACCCAUGUUUUGAUUUAGUCUUUGAAUUAAAAAUAAAUAAAAUGUUCAA